AUGGCCAUCUUGGAGGAAGUAACUUUGAUACCUCAGAAAGAGAAACACACACAUGACCUGCCCGGAGGGCCAAGCCAUGACAACAGAUCAUCCUGGCAGAAGAGGGUGAGAGAGAGGAGGCAGCAGGUGUGUGGUGACGAGCAGAAGUGGGUGUCAGACCUGGAAAAAGCUAAUGCCCAUUGCAGCCAGGAGGAGGCGUCCUAUCACCAAGCCAACCUGGGAGCCUGGGCAGCUGUGGGGAGCCGCAGCGAAGCCUCCAUCUGCCUGCAGUGCAAAAAGGCUUCAGAGCAGCCCCUGGCUCCCCCCGUCCUGGGCCCGAAGGAGAUGGCACUUUCCCUCUACCACCUGCUGCUGGUCCCCACUCUCCUGCUGCUGAAGCUCUCCAAGCUCUUAGACUGGCUGGCCGUGCGUAGUGCCUCCGACCUGGCGGGUGUUGCCUACUGCCUGUGGGUGCCGUGGUUUGUGAUGACCCAGGGGCUGUGUCGGGCCUUCCGCUGGAGGGUGCGGGAGACGCCACCACCAUGCCUUACCGAUGCCUCCUAUGGGGAGCACCGCUACCUGCAGCUUAAGAGCUCAGGGCUGCGUUUGCACUAUGUCACAGCUGGCCAGGAGGAGGCGCAGCUCAUGCUGUGUCUGCAUGGAUUCCCCCAGAACUGGUUUGCCUGGCGCUACCAGCUGCAGGAGUUCAAGAGGCAGUUUCGGGUGGUGGCGCUGGACCUUUGGGGCUAUGAGGGUUUAGAUGCCCCACGCGGGAAGCAGCAUUACCAGAUGGAGACCUUGCUGGAGGAUGUGCAUGAUGUCAUCCAAGUGCUGGGCUUUACCAAGUGUAUCUUGGUGGGGCAUGACUAGGGUGGCGCCAUUGCAUGGGAGUUCGCUAUGAAUCACCCCAACAUGGUGGAGAAGCUCAUUAUCAUGAAUGCCACCCACUCGUCCAUUCUUAAAGAGUACAUAGCCGGCCACCCCUGCCAGCUGGUGCACUCCAGCUACAUAUUCAUAUUCCAGCUGCAGAGGCUGCCUGAGCUGUUCUUGUCUUUGGGGGACUUCCAGGCAGGAAGGGAGGAAUCCAGAACCCCGAGUGGUGCCUACAUAUUUGGCCUCUCCAAGCCUGGAGCACUGACACCACCCCUCGAUUACUACAGAAACAUAUUCAGCAGGAGCCCUAUGCAGUACAAGGACAUGCUGGUGAUCUGGGGGGAGAAGGAUGUGUACCUGGAGGCUGGGAUGAUCCCCCUCCUGGAGCAGUAUGCACGCAAGUGCUGUCGCGUGGGGUGCAUCCCUGAGGCAAGCCACUUCAUCAGUGAGGACCAGCCCAACAAGGUCAAUCAGCUGAUCUGGAGCUUCCUGCAGGAGAGUGACUGA